AUGGAAGCUAAUACAAAUAGGAUUGUGAACUUGAAUGGUUCUAAUUAUCAAGUUUGGAGAGGCAAGAUGGAAGACCUUCUUUAUGUGAAGGAUUAUUAUAUGCCUGUGUUUAAUACUGAAAAACGUGAAGAUAAAACAGAUGCAGAGUGGAAUAUUUUGCAUAGAAAGGUUUGUGGGUAUAUUCGGCAAUGGGUUGAUGAUAAUGUUUUGAACCAUAUUAGCGUGGAGACUCAUGCCCGUACUUUGUGGAACAAACUUGAGAAGUUGUAUGCUCGGAAGACCGGGAACAAUAAAUUGUUCUUGAUUAAGCAGUUGAUUGGCUUGAAGUACCAUGAUGGAAAUCCUAUUAGUGAUCAUUUGAAUUCUUUCCAGGGAAUUAUUAAUCUGCUUGCAGGAAUGGGUAUCAAGUUUGAAGAUGAGUUACAAGGUUUAUGGCUCCUUGGCACUUUACCGGAUUCUUGGGAAAUUUUUAGGACAUCCUUGUCCAACUCUGCACCAGAUGGUAUUAUCACCAUGGAAUUGGCUAAAGGCGGUGUUUUAAAUGAAGAGAUAAGAAGAAAGUCACAAGGUUCCUCUUCACAUUCAGAUGUCUUGGUCACAGAAAGCAGGGGGAGAAGUCAAAGUAGAGGUCUGAAUAACAAAGGGAAGCAUCGCAGUAAAUCUAAAGGAAAGUUUGUUGACUAUGAGUGCAAUCAUUGUGGUAGAAAAGGGUACACAAUACGAUUCUGCAGACAAUUGAAAAGGGAGAACAAGAAGGCAAAUUACAACAAUCAAAAGAACAACCACAAGAAAGAUGAUGGUGGUAAUGAUACUGCUGAAGUUAACACUACUACCGAAAAGUUCUUUAUUUGUUGUGAUUAUGAUAUGGUUAAUCUUGCACAUGAUGAUUCGAGUUGGGUUGUUAACAGUGGUGCUACUUGUCAUGUGACAUCACAAAGGGAUUUUUACACAUCUUACACUCCUGGUGAUUUUGGGAAUGUUAAAAUGGGUAAUAAUGGGUUAUCAAAGAUUGUUGGUGUCGGAGAUAUUUGUUUAAAGUUUGAGACUGGGAUGGAGUUGGUUUUACACAAUGGUUUGGAGUGGAAAAGAUGUUUCGUAUCGUCAUUUACGGUCUUUGGAUGCAAGGCUUUUGUGCAUAUUCCCAAAGAUGAAAGAUCAAAGCUUGAAGUGAAGACCAAGCCGUGUAUAUUCCUUGGUUAUGGUCAAGAUGAAUUCGGUUACAGGUUAUAUGAUCCAGUUCUCAAGAAACUCGUAAGGAGUCGUGAUGUUGUAUUUGUUGAAGAUCAGAGUUUAAAAGAUAUUGAGAAGACAAAGAUAGUUCCUGAAUCUAAUGAUGAUCGUGUUGAUUUGGAUCCGGUUCCCCCUCAACAUUUUGAGCCAAUUAAUGAAGAUGUUCAGAAUGAUGAACAACAUGGUACUGAUGACAAUGAUGUUCCAGAGCAGUCGGAGUUGGAUGAGGAUCUUCAUCCAGAGUUGCCAGUACCUGAUAUACCACCAUUUGUCCCACUUAGGCGGUCUACGAGAGAUCGUCAUCCUUCCACCCGUUAUUCUGCUGAUGAGUAUGUUUUAGUCACUGAUGGGGGAGAACCUGAUUGUUAUGCAGAAGCUAUGGAAUAUGAGCAUAAAAGAGAGUGGGUUGAAGCUAUGUGUAACACCCUGUUUAUUUAA